AUGGGAUUAAGAGAUAAAUUUAGAAGGAAAGAACCCACUGAAGAAGAAAUAAGGGCUCAUUUGACUCAUGCUGGGAUAAGUACUAAGUCAAAAACUGGAGGAAGAGAAGAAAAAUUCGGUGCCUUCAGAAACUAUGCUCAAGAUAGAGCUAAUCAAAAACCUGGCUUAGCACCUGUUAAUCCUUAUGCCAAUUUGAAUCAAGGUAAUAACAACAAUCCUUAUGCUAACCAAGGAAAUAAUGAAGGGGGUAAUCCAUAUUCUAACGAUAAUCAACCAAGUAAUGGAUCAAAUCCUUCUGGUCACCCAAGCCACAAUCAGUCAUCUAAUCCUUAUGGACAAUCUUCAUCUAAUCCUUACGGGCAAUCUUCAUCCAAUGGGAACACCAACGAUCCCUAUGCAAGACCUUCAAGACAAAACUCAUACGAUUCAAGACAAAAUCCAUAUGGAUCGAGCCAAAAUUCCCGUUCUAAUCCACCUCAAUCAGAUCCUUAUGUCUCAAGAACCACGUCAAGACAAUCAACAAGAGGUAGAGAUUUUGAUGAAGAAUCACUUGAUUUGAAUGCCAUUCCAAGUAAUACUAUGUAUCAAAAUAGAAAGCCAAUCAAAAAACCAGCAUAUGAUGAGGAAACACUCGAUUUGAAUGAAUUACCUGAAGAAGAUGAUUUGAAUGUCGUUCUUGACGAAGAUUUACCUCAAGAACAAGAAAUCAAUUCAGAGGAUGAAGAAGUUGAAGCUAUCAAACAAGAUAUUAGAUUCGUUAAACAAGAAUCAUUAGCAUCUACUAGAAACACUUUAAGAAUGGCUCAAGAAGCUGAUGCUUCAGGUACCAAUACUUUGGGUAUGUUAGGAUCUCAAAGUGAAAGAUUAUAUAAUGCUGAACAGAAUUUAAAUUUAGCUGAUACACAAACUAAAAUCGCCGAAGAAAAAGUUAAACAGAUUAAUAGAUUAAACAGAUCAAUCUUCAUUCCAGCAACAGGUAACCCAUUUAAUAAAAAAUCAAGAUUGAGAAUGCAAGAACAAAAAAUCAAAAAUGAUAAGGCUCAAGAAAAGUAUAUGAGAGAAUCUAAUAGAAAGAACAUGUACGAAAGUGAACAAAGAAUAAAAGCCGGUAUAACUAAUAAUAACACCAAUUCAGAAUUAUAUCAAAAAUAUCAAGGUGAUAAAGAUUUAAAAGCCGCUCAAAGAUAUCAAUUUGAAAAUGAUCUGGAAGAUGAUGAAAUAGAAAAAGAGUUAGCAUCGAAUUUGAAUCAAAUUGAUUUAUAUGCCAAAAAAUUAAGAAGUCAUGCUACUACUAUGAAUACUGAAGUUGAAGCUCAAAAUGAAAGAUUGAGAAAAAUUGAAGAAGAUGCCGAUAGAUUGGAUAUUAACGUUCAUAUGAACAGUACCAGAUUAAGUAAUAUCCGUUAA